CCCCUGAAUGGGCGUGGCUACGCGGCCCUCCUCCGCUGAGUGGGCAGUGUCGCGCGGCCCCGCCUCUGGGUAGGCGGGGUCUGCUGUGUUUUUAGGUAUGCUGUUAAAAUGCCCGGACUCAAAACACUUCUUUUUCCAAGAUGGCGUCGAUGAAGGACAGCGAUACGGGCCUGUGGCUUCACAACAAACUGGGCUCCACGGACGAGCUGUGGACGCCGCCGAGCAUCGCCUCUCUGCUCACCGUCUCGGUUAUCGACAACAUCCGGCUGUGUUUUUCCAGUUUGUCGCCGCCGGUGAAGCUGAAGCUGCUGCUCGGGAUGCUGCACCUCCCCCGGCGGACCGUGGACGAGAUGAAGGAGGCUCUGUCGGAGAUAAUCCAGCUGGCGACAGUGGAUUCGGAACCGUGGGUACUGAUGGUUGCCGAUAUCCUCAAAUCCUUCCCAGAGACGGGGUCUCUCAAUCUGGACUUGGAGGAACAGAAUCCCAAUGUCCAGGAUAUCCUAGGAGAGCUCCGGGAGAAAGUAACGGAGUGCGAGGCGUCCGCCAUGCUUCCUCUGGAGUGUCAGUACCUCAACAAGAGCGCGUUGACCACUUUGGUGGGACCCCUCACACCCCCUGUCAAACACUUCCAGCUGAAGAGGAAGCCCAAGAGCGCCACCCUCAGGGCUGAGCUGCUACAGAAGUCCAUAGAGACGGCUCAGCAGCUGAAAAAGACAGCCGGAGUUCCUUUUCACGCCAAAGGGAGGGGCUUGGUCAAAAAGAUUGACACGACAACUCUUGAAGGGACUCCCAAAAGCCCAUUCCGCAGCCCCACAGCUCCCAGUACUGUUCAGCCCUCCCAGUAAACGAACACCAUUGCCCCUCCCCGGACGCCACUCCGCAAAGAGAGAGGGGUGAAGCUGUUGGACAUUUCGGAGUUGGACACGGUUGGAGCUGGCAGAGAGGCAAAGAGGAGGAGGAAGACUCUGGAAGCGGAGGCCGGAGAGAAGGCAGCCAAAGAAGAAGCCGUGGUGGAGAACACCACUCCUGACUACGCCGCCGGUCUCGUCUCUGCGCAGAAACUCGGCACGCUGAAUGAGAAUCCUCUGCCGUCCACCAGCUACCUGCCGGCAACACCCAGCAUGGUGCCCUCUUCCUCCUACAUCCCCAGCUCUGAGGCUCAGCCAGCGAAUGCCAGCGGUUCUGGACGAGACACACUGCAGUCGACACGCCAGCCAGAGGAGUCGGCCGCAGUGGGCACAGGCGCUACUGCCACCACUUUAGCUGGCCAGUACAAACAGAGGACGCCCAUGUACAACGCUAGCACCGCAGCCAACCCUGCGACCCCCACAUCCCCCAGCACACCAACCUCCACCCCUGCCAGCAACGGGCCUCCAGCCUGCCACACUGCCAGCCAACCAGAGAACCACAGCCAGCCUCCCAGUACGCUGCAGACCCAGACCCCGGCACCAGCACAGCCACAGCCCAAAAAGAACCUGUCGCUCACGAAAGACCAAAUGUACGCCGCACAGGAAAUGUUCAAAACCGCCAACAAGGUCACCAGGCCAGAGAAAGCCCUCAUUCUGGGAUUCAUGGCUGGAUCCAGAGAGAACCCAUGUCCAGAGCAGGGGGACAUCAUCCAGAUCAAGCUGAGCGAGCACACGGAGGUUCUGCCCAAAGCCGACGGCACCGGGAGCACCACCAUGCUGGUGGACACAGUUUUCGAAAUGAACUACUCCACGGGACAGUGGACCCGCCUGAAGAAAUACAAACCCAUCACCAAUACGUCCUGAGGCAGCUCAGGGCGUGCCGGACACGUUUACAUGCAGCAUUUGCAUUUGGGCCAAAAGGAGCACAGAGCAGCGGGGCGAGAGAUCGAAGAGAGAGAGUUCUCGCUUUUUCUGCCCCGCCACAAUGCAGGACUGAAGUUUUCUUGAUUUGGUCUUUUCUUGCCCUUUUAUUCUUCCUGUUUUUAAGUCGCCUCCGGUUGCCAUGGUCAUGGAGGGAGGGGAGCGUGAGAAAAGGCUGGGAGAGUGCGAUUAGCAGAAUAAACCCGUUUCAGCAUUCGGUGCGAAGACGAGUUCUCUGUAUUCUGUCGCAAGUCAUUAAAACAAAAAAUGUACAAGUUGUGCAAAACUCGCAAAGCUGUAAAAUGAUCUGUGGAACAACUUUUUACACCCCGAGAAAAUAAAGUGACUCCAGAAUGCCGUUUCUCACUUCUUCCACUUUAUUGAGCUCAUUUGUGGCAAUUCAUUCAUCAACAAUGGUAGAUCAAAGGGACUUUCUUUGGCGUUUUCAUCAGUAAACUGAAACGCAACUUCUAAAGUUUGCUGUUACUGCAGACGCUAGCAGCUAAAUGAUUGAUGUCAACAUUUAACAAUAGUAGCAAGACAGAUCCUGGACCACAGUCACAUUACAGAAGUGAUCCCAAUCACUUUUCCCCACGUGGCACAUAAAUCUCAUUUAAUAGCCGGAAUCCAUGUUGCCUUAUUUCUUUGACUUUUUGCAUAUUUUUCCGCUGGUGUCUUUAGGCUAAUGUUAAAAUCUUCAUUUCCUACAUCUGAUUUUCACAAUAAAAGCCUAGCAUUUCAAGCAUUUUCUUUUAAUGUGAAGCAUCAGCAUGAGGUGUUUCAGUAGCAGUAACUUAACUAUUUUACUUCACACUUGCACAUGCCUGCAUAAUCAGUUUGGGAUUAAAAACAAACCUGUGAAGGAGUGAAGCUGCGUAUCGUAAUCGGUCCUCUGUGUGAA